AAUCAAUUAAAGAAGCUGCAAAGCGAAAUGACAUGGGUUCUGCCAAGGCACUAGCGAAAGAGCUUGUGAGAUCUAAAAGAACUGUGAAUCGAUUGUACGAGAACAAGGCGCAAUUAAAUUCGAUAUCUAUGCACCUUGGAGAAAGUGUCGCUAUUGCUCGCACAGUGGGGCAUUUGUCCAAGAGUGCUGAAGUCAUGAAGCUUGUUAAUAAUCUUAUGAAGGCUCCAGAAAUGGCUAUGACGAUGCAGGAAUUCAAUAAAGAGAUGACCAAGGCUGGUGUCAUUGAAGAAAUUGUGAAUGAUGCAGUGGACACUGCAUUGGAUUCAGAAGACAUAGAAGAGGAGAUUGAAGAAGAAGUUGACAGGGUAUUAACUGAAAUUGCUGGUGAGACUGCUGCGCAACUUCCUGAAGCAGUCCGAAAGGAGAAGUUAAAGCAACCUGCCCAGUCACUAGGAGAUGCAGAGGGUGCUGACGACGAGGAAGAUCUAGAAGAACUAAGGGCUCGUCUUGCUAAAGUAAGAUCAUAAGUGAUACUUCAGCUGACUUCCAGUUCCUGAGGGUUCAGUUAUAAAAGGGCAGUAUGUGAAGUGGCAGAGCUCCCUGUAUGGUCUGCUGCGGCUGCAUCUUCUUUCUGGAUCAGGAAAUAGUAGAGUACUUUCUGUAUCUUAAAAUCAGCUGCUCUGUAAAGUCUCAUCAAGCUCUUGAUACCGUGUAGUCAUUGUCCAAAUCUGAGCUUUAUCCUCUCACGCUGUGUGUUCUGGAAAAUAUGAUGUUUUUCAAUAUAUGGAAAUGAAACACUAUGUAAUGACAUUUAUUUGCUGUCUAGCAGAAUUAGCAGUUUAAUCUACCUACUUAGGAGUUCUUUUCCUUCUCUUUUUUUGUUAA